GCGAAAGAAACGAAGGUGUAGUGGAGGUAUGGACUGUAACUGUGUUAGUGACCUGCUGCUCACGCCACCUGUCCCAACCCUCUGGACACCAGGCAUCGCCUUCCCAGACUGGGCCUAUAAACCGGAGUCAAGCCCAGGCUCCAGGCAGAUCCAGCUGUGGCACUUUAUCCUGGAGCUGCUGCAGAAGGAGGAGUACCAGGGGGUGAUUGCCUGGCAAGGAGACUAUGGUGAAUUUGUGAUCAAAGACCCAGACGAGGUGGCGAAGCUGUGGGGCCUUCGGAAGUGCAAACCUCACAUGAACUACGACAAGCUCAGCCGAGCGCUGAGGUAUUACUACAAUAAACGCAUUUUGCACAAAACUAAAGGAAAGCGCUUUACCUACAAAUUCAACUUCAGUAAGGUGGUCCUGGUGAAUUACCCACUCUUGGACAUGGCCAGUUCCCCCUUCCUGCUGGCACAGAACCACUUCAACGGGGGGACCGCCACGCCGGACUGCAGCCCCGUCACCCCCGAGGCCCUUCAGUCUUUAUUCCCUCGUUUGCCCGAAUCAGUGCGAGGACCCUCUCUGUUUGAUCGUGCCGCAGGGGCCCCAGGACCUGAUGGGGACAAGCUGAGACUGGAUAGUUUUCCUUUUCUUGGCUCAGGAGCUCCAUGUUACUCCAAACCUCCCUCCCUGUUGGGUCCUUAUCCACGGAACCCCUCUUUCGACUACCCCUGGGGCUUUAACCCAUACCUCCCUGGGGCUUUCUCUCUCAACAACUGUCCCAAAUUGCCCCCGGGCUCCCUUUACUCCUCGCACUUCUACCCCAACCCGCUGCAGUCAAGUCUGUCUCAGCUGCCACACCCCUUCUCCUCCCUCCUAACCCCUGGAGACACGACCGGAGCAGAACGCGCACAGACCGGAGGAACUAACGGCUCCGCAGGUGGUCAGCCUCCCAGACUCUGCAUCCCGCCGUACCCAGGCAUGCCAAUUGGCCGGACUGAGCUGGGGAAUGGGGGUAUGAGCGACAGGGAAAGAGGAGAGACCAUCCCCGGUGUCCCAGGAACAGGUGGGGGUCUCGGUCUGGGCUUGGGUCUAGGUUUGGGUGGUGUUGGAGUGGGAGGUCGCCAGAGCCCCUCUGAACGGAGAAAGGGUGUAAAACAGGAUCCAGAGUCUGAUUCUGACCUGGAGAUCACAGACCUGAGCGAUUGCAGCUCAGAGAAUGAGAACGAGCCAGACUUCUCUUUGGGGAAGGAGCCAAGGCUAGGUGGUCGCUCGCACCUCCUAGAUGCCAAAUCCCGGGGUCUCGGGAGAGGUUUGCCCCCUCUCUCCUCUCUUCCUCCACCUGUGUCUCCGCAUCCCCUUAAAAGCCUGGUGACUCCCCUGACUCCUCCACCUUCAUCCCUACCUCCAGCCCUCUCUCCCUCGCUCAGUAUGGUUGAUAGGCACAGGGAAACAGAGACACUUAAACUUACUCAAAGUUAAUAUGUUCUGUCGUGUGAUUUUUGACGUCUUGAAAGUUCUCUCGUUCUCUUAUUGCAUUUGUGAAAUAAUGCUGUAUAUUUCCAUUUCAUUUUGUCCCUCCCUUGUUCUGGUGACUCGAGGUGACUCCUCGCUCAUGUGUUUCUACUCAUCUUAAUUUCAGUGAAUUGCGCAGUGUUAUAAAUUAUAUAC